AGGACAGAAGAGAGCUGCUCACUGAGGAAGUUCAUGUCUACAAGGUCAGCCAGAUGGAGAAAGUCAAGAAGGAGAUCUUCAAAAUUCUAAAGGAUCUCAAGAAGGAGGACUUUGAAGUAUUCAAGUGGCACCUGGAGAACCAUCGAAGCCCGGAACACCUCGGAUCAAUCCCACGCAGUGACCUGGAGAACAAAAACAGGGAGAACACGGUGGACCUGAUGGUGCAGUACUACGGCAAAGACUCUGUUCAGGUGGCCGAGGAGGUUUUGAAAGAGAUUCAAAGGAACGAUCUGGCCGAAAAAUUAUCCAAAAUGAACUUUAACCCUACGGGCGAACCGAAUCCUGUGGGAGGAGAUGGAGGUCAAGACACCAGCAAAACAGACAACAUGGACCCAGGAAGUAUGCCAUGUUUAAUCAACUCAGAAAAGCACAAAGCAAAGAAUAUCACCAACUGUCAACGUGAACUCAAAUCCAACCUGAAGAAGAAGUUCCAGCGUGUGUUUGAGGGGAUCGCUAAAGCAGGAAAGACAACCCUUCUGAAUGAGAUCUACACAGAGCUCUACAUCACAGAGGGAGGGACUGCUCUGAACUCCAACCCUCCCAUCUGA